GUUUUUUGUUCCAGCAUAUUUACUGGAACUGGAAAACACCGCGACGGAACUGCGACUUGCCAGCUACAAAUGCUUCAUCCAUUCGGUAUCUGUUCAGUUCUUCAAGUGCCGUGCUCGCGUAAAGACGUAAAAGUUAAGUGCCAAACCACAGAAACCGCGUAAAAAAUCGCAACCAACUCGCAGACGUAACAACAGCAACAACAACAACAACCAGCAAUCAUGUCGGUCAACCGUGCUCCUAAAUCCGGAUUCGCCGCCGAAGCCCAGAGAAAGAUCAACUCCAAAUACAGCGAAGAGCUCGCCGCCGAGUGUCUGGAAUGGAUCAAGGAAGUCACCGGCGAACCCAUCAACACCUCCGGCGAGAUGGACAACUUCUACGAGGUGCUGAAGGAUGGCGUCCUGCUCUGCAACCUUGCCAACGCGAUCGAAACCGGCACGGUCAAGAAGAUUAACACCAGCAAGAUGGCCUUCAAGUGCAUGGAGAACAUUUCCGCCUUCCUCGAGGGUGCCAAGAAGUUCGGCGUACCACCACAGGAAACCUUCCAGACCGUUGACCUGUGGGAGCGGCAAAACCUCAACUCGGUGGUCAUCUGCCUGCAGUCCCUUGGCCGAAAAGCCGGCAAAUAUGGAAAGCCAUCGAUCGGCCCGAAGGAAGCCGACAAGAACGAACGCCAGUUCAGCGACGAGCAGAUGCGCGCCGGUCAGACAGUCAUCUCUCUGCAGUACGGUUCCAACAAGGGUGCGACCCAAAGUGGUAUCAACUUCGGCAACACCAGACAUAUGUAAGAAAGCAUUCCGCCACCUCUUCCUUAUGUGUAUUCGUUAUUUCGCGUAGACUACUCCCUGCGAUCGCAAGCGAUCAAUGAGGAUUCAAGUAUAAGAACAAACAGUUAAAAUUCGUAGACAACGACUUUGGCAGCAGCAACCCAUGUGGGUAAACACCAUCGGAAAUACAUGUUUCCCCCUUAGUCAUCGUUAGAAGGCAACCGUUGAAUUUUACCUUCGUUAUAAGUUAUACAUCGACAAUGUUUAUUAAAACUGAAAAAGUUCUAAAGUGCAUUUGACCAUUCGAGUAGGCCUUACUGUUAGUAUUACCGACAAAAGAGAUGAAACCGUAUUUAAAAAAGAUUUAUGGAUUACCUAGGGGCUGUCUAUAUACCACGUGGACAAGUUUUGAUCAGUCUAAUAUACUUCCCUCCCCCAGCGUUGUCAACUGCUCUUGUAAAUUCUUUAAAAUGUGUAUGAACCGUGGAAAUUCUCCAUACUUCUUCCUUCCUUCCUUCCUAAACUGUCCACGUGGCAUCUGGACAACCGCCUAGAUAUCCAUUCUUUGUGAAUAAAAUAUAUGUAGAUCCAAUUGAUGCUCUUUGCAGACAAUAGAGUGCUCUUAAAGUGAACCAGAAAGUAGGACAAAUGGGUGCAACGAUCCAAUCAUUCCAACCUUCAAAUAACGAUAAUGCAUUUAAAGCAACAAACCAUUCCAACUUACCGACCUUUGGUGUUAGCAACAGGUGUAGCCUUAUAGCCAAAUUAGUGCGUUUACAAAUCCGUUAUACUUACAAAGGAUAAACGAUUUUUGGUGCCAUCGGUAACCAACCAACAGAGGUAUUUAUCAAUGUCUAUUUAAUAGAAAGUUACAAAUGAAAGUCGUGCGGUUACCUUAUGGUUGCUGAAAAUUCUACUUUUGAUUUCGACAGACAGAUACAAAACAUAAGGGCCUUAUACAUACACACAAUCCGGAAAACUAUAUGAUUUUGGUAAUAGUAUUUCCGUUGCUUUUUUUACAUUUUUUCAAACAUUCAACAGUGGGUGGAACGAUGAGCGGGGACAAAAAAAAGUUUGCCAUUUCUGCCUUGAAAACAUUCUUUCCUUCCUACUAGUACUAUUUAUCAGAUGUCCCGAAGCAGGUUUUUCAUCUUUGCUAUAACUUUUUCGUGUUUUGGAUAAGUUUAUAUUAUUUAAAAAUAAAGAUUUAAAUAGA